GACGAUUCUCUCUUGACCAACUCUGCAAUCAAUUAUUUUUCUUGCCCCAUUUGCAAUUUUAGAUCCAAAGACAGAAAUGAGAUUCGAAUCCACUUCCAGGCAGUUCAUAAACAUAAAAUGGAUUCGAAUACUUCAUUAGCAAAACAACUAAAAGCUAUAAAUAGGACGUCAAAAGAGCCUGCUAUCUACAUAUUAUUCGUAUUUUUAGCUCCCUUGAACAAUUCCAAUUCUAUUGUGGACGAUAACGAUCUAACUAAACAUGAUCCUUUAGAUGAAUUUGUUGAGAGCAUCGAUAAAAUGAUUACGAAAACCACAAAUAAAGAAAAGCGCUUACCUUGUGAUACAUGCAAAGAAACCUUUAGUUAUAAAGGAUAUUUUGUCGCUCACAAAUGCAAACGUAAAGGCGUAAAAUCAUUUAAAUGUGAAUCUUGUGGGAAGUCAUAUUUUACAAAAUCUGAACUGAAUUCGCACAAACGGGUCCACAGUGAUGAAAAACCGUACGAAUGCAAAAAAUGUGGAAAUAAAUUUAAACGCCAAUCAGAUUUAACUCAUCAUAUGUCUACCCAUAGUAAAAAAAGACCCUUCGAAUGCGGAGAAUGCAAACAACAUUUGAUUUAUCAUAUGCGUUCACGCCACGGAGUGAUAGGGGAGCCAAAAAUGAAAUAUAUCUGCAUAAUAACCUCUUUCUCCGUUUUACAACGGUUGUAG